UAUUUACUUAAGUGAGAGGAAAACAUCAAAAGUGUGUUAAAAAACAAGUGCUUGAAAAAAAAAUUAUAUCAUUGUACUAAAUAUGUACAAGAAAUUUGAAACGAAUUUUUUAUAACGAGUAUUUGAAAUACCAAAAUCGUGUAAUAUUAUUUCGCAUUAAGAAGUUUAAGAAACUUAUUUGCGUAAAUAAGUGCAUAAAUUUACUAAAAAAUGAUUUCUCAAAAUAUAUCGAAAUCAGAAUCUAACUUCAAUGGGUUUCCGGAAACGAAAGGGACAAAUGAACAAAACGCGCAUAAACAAAUUGAUGACUAUGAUCCGCAUCUACAUCGAAAAGUAAAAAAACCCACUACAAAUAUGCAGACUUUUGCACACUUCCUGAAGGCCUCCAUAGGUUCGGGUGUUUUGGCUAUGCCAAGUGCAUUCGCAAAUGCUGGUUAUAUCAAUGGACCCAUAUUUACACUGAUCAUCGGUGGGAUAGCGCUUCACUGUUUGCACAUUUUGAUAAAUUCAAUGUAUGAGCUGUGUAAGCGUAAGCGUGUACCUUAUUUGACAUUUUCUGAGGCAAUGAGAAUUGGUUUUCAGGAUGGUCCACCAGCUUUUAGAUUUGUCGUACCAAUAACAACCCCAUUUGUUGAUGGAUUUUUAGCUUUUUAUCACUUUGGCAUUUGUUGUGUGUAUGUGGUGUUCAUAGCAGAGAACAUCAAGCAGGUUGUGGAUGAAAACCUAAUUGUUUUGGAUGUACGAUUGCAUAUGUGUUUCGUUUUAAUUCCACUCUUUCUUAUAUACAGCAUAAGAAAUCUUAAGAUGUUGGCACCUUUUUCAUUAGUUGCCAAUAUAAUGCUCCUGGGAGGCUUCUGUAUUGUGCUGUACUAUAUCUUUGAAAGUUUGCCACCGAUUUCCACACGCAAGCCCUUUCAGGAAAUUUCUAGGUUACCAAUAUAUUUUGGUACGGUAUUAUUUGCCAUUGAAGCUGUCGGAGUGAUUCUUGCCUUGGAGGAAAAUAUGGAAAAACCGAAGAAUUUUGUGAAGCCCUUCGGAAUAUUGAACAUCGGCAUAACAAUCGUUCUUGUUUUAUAUGCUCUGUUAGGCUUCUUUGGUUACUGGAAGUACGGCGAAGAGGCUUUAGGUAGUGUGACCUUGAACAUACCUCAACAGGAAGUAUUAGCUCAGGUCACAAAAAUUACUUUCGCCAUUACCACUUGGGUUACUUAUGCGGUGCAGGGCUAUGUUACAGCUGAUAUUAUUUGGAACAAAUAUCUUUCGAAGCGCACAAAGAAUGCCUCUAGAGAUGUGCUAUAUGAACUGCUGAUAAGAGCCAGCAUUGUGUUGCUAACAUUUUUCUGUGCUGUGGCCAUACCUGAUUUAUCGCUCUUCUUGUCGUUAGUUGGAUCACUUUGCUUAUCAAUACUCGGUUUGAUUUUCCCUGCAUUACUACAAAUAUGUGUUCAAUACGGCUCUGGUUACGGGAAAUGGAAAAUUAAAUUAAUAAAGAACAUAAUUCUGGUGGCAUUCGGAAUAUUCGGUGGCAUUGUUGGCACAUCCGUCAGCAUCGUCCAGAUUAUUGAUAACUACAAAUGAAUAAUUGUAUAUAUGUAUAUACGCAAUGACUGUAGAACAAUAAGAAAUAUCAGCUGCUUUCGACUCACUACUUCUGUGCUCGGUUGAGGUCGGCUAACGAAACAACAAACAACAACAAUGCGAGCAGAAGUGUCUUUAAGCGAGUUUUGUACUUCCAAAUGUGCACUGAGUUUCUUAGCAUCUCUUUCAUUUGCCUACCGCCAACAAAAUAGUUCAGUGCUGCCAAGUAUAUGUGCAUAAAGCGAGUAGUUUUAUUCGUAACUCGCUAAAUGGUUGGCAAAUCGAAAGCUUCUAUAGAUUAAUUCGUUUAUGUAUAAGUAGAGUUUUAAAUAAAAUAAAUUAAGUACAGUUUAUCUCAUUAA